AAGUAGAUCAAAGAAAAUGGCUGAUAUUGCCGGCAAGCCGGUGGGCUCAGGCCAUGCUAGAAUUCCACUCUUGGGUUUUGGAACUGCUGUAUUUCCUUUCACUGCAUCAGAAACCAUGAAAGAAUCCAUUCUCCAUGCCAUCAAACUGGGCUACAGACACAUCGACGCCGCUGCUGUUUACAACUCGGAGCAGCCCGUGGGUGAAGCGAUUGCGGAAGCUUUAGGCCUUGGCCUGAUCAAAUCAAGGGCGGAGCUAUUCAUCACGUCAAAGCUUUGGUGCACCGACGCACACCCUGACCUAGUCCUCCCUGCACUACGCAGAACUCUCAAGAAUCUUGGGUUGGAAUACCUUGAUAUGUACCUCAUACAUUUCCCGGUGAGCUUGAAGCCUGGGAGUUGUGAGGUGCCCUUUGAAGAGAAGGAUCUUCUUCCUCUGGAUUUCAAGUCUGUUUGGGAAGCCAUGGAGGAGUGUCAAAGCCUCGGUCUAUCAAAACUGAUAGGAGUAAGCAACUUUUCUUGCAAGAAACUGCAGGACCUGCUGGUCACUGCAAAGAUUUCACCCGCUGUCAAUCAAGUGGAGAUGAACCCACUAUGGCAGCAGAAGAAGCUGAGGGAGUUCUGUAAUGGAAAGGGCAUCCAUGUCACAGCCUACUCCCCAUUAGGUGGCAGAGGAACUCUUUGGGGAACUAACCGAGUCCUUGACUGUCAGGUGCUGCAAGAGAUUGCUCAGGCGAAAGGGAAGACAGUAGCUCAGAUAUGUUUGAGGUGGGCUUUGGAGCAAGAUGUGAGUAUUCUGGUGAAGAGCUUCAACAAGGAGAGGAUAGAAGAGAACCUUGAGAUAUUGGAUUGGAAGUUGAGCCCGGAAGAGUCCCAAAAGAUCGAUGAUAUUGAACAGCAAAGAGGGUUUCUUGCACCUAUGUUCGUAUCAGAACAUGGUCCUUACAAAUCCCUCGAGGACUUCUGGGACGGAGAACUUUAGUGAAUUAGAAAAGUCCACGAAUAAAACCUAUGUAUGAUGGUGAAAAGUUCGAUCUUUCCCUAGUACUACUUUUCUGCGUUGUUUGAGUGUGAACUCAUUUUCAUGGGUCCUUUGUUAUGCAAGAAAUAAAAGUUGGUUAAGACCAACUUAUUUGCUUUUAA